UGGCCUUAUUAAAAAGCACGAACAAGUAUUUUUGAUAUCCUAAUAAGGACUUUAUGAACAAAAAAAAUGGGUUUUUGUACGCCACUGUAGCACGCACCGUGUAACCACGGAAACAAACUCGUAAGGAACACAAACUGCUGAUAGCGCGGUAAAUGUUGCAUUCGAAGACGAAUAAAAACGAGUAAAAACCAUAAAAGUCAACCAAUGUCUAGCAAAAAAACAACAGCUGAGGAUGAAGCAGGGACGAAACGCCGUCCAGAUACAUCUGUAUCGCUGGCUGACAACAACAAGGGUCAGGGUGCAUCACCUCCCGGUGAUUCAGAUAUGUUGAGUGCCUCACAAACAGGAUACACAAAGAGGGAAUUUACUAUGAUGCCACCUGAGGAGAAGCUCAGACACUUUGACAGCCGAGCAAAGAACCAUGAAUACAAGCAACAGUUUGAUGCUUGCAUCCGGGACUUGAUGCAUUGUGUGGCUCUGACAAGGCUGGUGUAUGGAGAGGGACAUCUGAAACUAGCCCAGGCUCAUGUUAGACUGGCGAAAGCAUACUUCAAAUUUAAAGGCUGGGGUCUGCAAGCUCAGGAGCACCUGGCCAUUGCCAGAGAGCUUCUUGCUUUCUACACAUCCUGUGAGGAUGAAAAGUUUGAGGUUCUUAUGUGCCUCCUGAACAUACACCUCACACAGGGAGGCACUUCUCUGCUUACAGAAAAUCUAGUGGAGGCAGAAUCCUCCUUUCUGGAUGCAGAACACAUUCUUGAGAAACUUCAUCAACUUUGUGACAUCAACCAGGAAGAGAAGAAAAACAGUGAGCUGGAAAUCUGCAAUGGUCUAUUCAGGGUCUAUAGGAGACAGGCCAGACCAGAGGAGGCCUUUAGCCAGUGUGAGAAGUCUCUGCAGUUGCUGAAGGACUGGGGUAAGCCAGAGAAGAUGUGCUUUGUCUACAGGGACAUGGCUGCCAUCGAACAAGACAGAGGUCAUCUGAAUCAAGCCAUAGAGCAUCUCACCAAGGCUCAUGCCAUUGCGAUGAGUCACAACUCAGAGGAGCUUGAAGGGGCUCAGAUCUCCCACAGCCUGGCCCUCAUCCUUUCUGCUGCAGCAGAGCCACAUCACAAUGAUGCUGCUGUUCAGUACUUUGAGCAGAGUUUAAGUGCAUACAAAAACUCUGCAGGUCCACAGGAUCCAGCUUUUCUAGCUGUUCAGGACGAUUUCUGUCGCUUCCUUCUAUUCAAUGGCCAGCAAGAGAGAUGUGCAGAGAUACAGAGGGCUUCCCUCCCAUCAAAGAGAUACACGUUUGGUGACCUGAGUGCGGAGGUAGCAGAAACCUUUCAGCUGAUUGGAAGUUUGGAAAUGACAGAGGGCAGAAUGAAGCAGGCCCACAGCACCAUGACAAAGUGCCUGGAGAUCCAGAGUUUGUUAUUCAGUCCUCAGCACAAGAAGACAAAAGCCACACAAAAAGCUGUGGAUAUGCUGGCCCGGGCACCAGAGGUAGCUGAGAGACAUCAGAGGAAAGGUAGAAGGAAAACAAAACCUCAGACACUUUCCAUUCUACCAUCCAGUGGGGACGAUGGAAACUUUAUGUCAGAUUCUUGAAAUGUUUUACUUCCCCUCCACAAUAUCCUUGCAAGUUUUAACUAAGAGCUAUUGACUUACAGUUCCUAUAGAAAGUAUUCACCCCCUUAGAUGUUUUACCCUUUUAUUGAUUUUAUAAAUCUGUCAUGGUCAAUAUAAUUUG